CAUGAACCUGACAGCCUGAUUCUGCGCGGGCAAGUUUGAACAUCCGCUUGUGCUUCCUGCUUUGACUGUCAAGAUGUCGUCUAACGACACGCAGUUCUUCAAACGAUCUUUGACGUCUGAGUAUUGGGUCAACUUCAAUGUCGACAAAAAGUUCACCCUUGCCGGAAUUGCUGAGCCCGAGAUCGACAGCGAUGACAGGAACCUAAUUCGCACGUGGGUAUCGUCCCAUGCCAUUCCGAAAACAGCACCGGCCCAACCCCAGCUUUCGUCUCUUUACCGUCCCAUCCUUGACCCGUUCGAAACUCGUGUGCUUGAGAUUUUGCCUGGCUCGAACGCUGACAAGUUAAGGGGCAACCUUCACCACUGCUCGCUGGAACUCGACGCCAGAUUCGCUCUCUCUGUGGAUGGGUUAGCAACGCCAAUAGUGUACACGGCGCUCAGCUACACAUGGGGCGCAAACGUUUUCGACGAGACAAUCGAGUGCGAUGGUAUCGUCAAGAACAUUACAACGUCCCUCGCUGUUGCUUUGAAGGCCCUUCGGCAGGAGGGCCGGUCGGUGGUGAUGUGGAUCGACCAGAUAUGCAUCAAUCAACAGGACCACAAGGAGAAGGAGCAGCAGAUACCUCUGAUGACGAGGGUCUAUCAAGGCGCGACAAAUACCGUAAUCUGGUUGGGGGAGUCAAGUUCACAUUCUGCUUCUGUGAUCAAGCUUCUGGAAGACGUUAGAACACUACUGCAGUUCAAGGAGGGGGAGGUAAAUCCGGAGGAUUUCGAGCGACUUUGUCUUCCCCCUCCGAAUUCGGAAAUCUGGGAGGCACUAUGGGACUUCCUUGCCCGGCCGUGGUUCUCACGUUUGUGGAUCAUACAAGAGGUCAUUCUCUCACACGAUCCUUGGGUCGUCUGCGGCAACGACAUGACUACAUGGGAUGUUCUGUCCUUAGCCUGCUUGAAUCUUUGGACCUGCGGAAUCUCUAGAUGGCUCGAGGAAAAGAUCAAUUUUGGCAAUCGUAUAGUCGGUACUCGGAAAGAUCACUGCGAGUUGGUCCAACGUCUCAGCGAAAUGAAGGCAGCUUACGACAACUUGAUGCCACCAUUAUUUGACGUAUUAGUCGAAGCCCGCGGAGCUGAGUGCUACGACAGUCGGGACAAAGUGUACGGCCUGCUGGGGGUGUGUGCCGGUCCGGACACCAUGGUGAUCAAGCCCAGCUACGCGAUCGACUACCCCGAGACUCGAUUAUAUCGCGAUCUGGCGGUGCACCAUCUGUUGAAUGUUAAUCCAAUUUUGGGUUCAAUACUCGACUGCGUUGACCACGAAUCGGCCGAUCUGCCCUCCUGGGUGCCCGACUGGAGAAAGCCGCGUCGAUCCUACUCGUUGGGGCAUGCAGGUACCACAAGAACCGCGUACAUGGCAUGUCGCAAUCCUAAAGUUGAAGUUGGCAAAGUCCUCGCAAGAUUAGAAGGGGAACAUAAAGAUCAGUGGCGACUUCAAGGAGUUGUUUUCGACACUAUUAUGUCUGUCAGCAUCAUCUUCGACAAUCCCUACUUGAGUCUUAGUGAACCAGUUGCCGAAAACAAAGCUUUGAAAGAGAUGCAUUCUUUUGUCGCUGGACUAAAACAGUAUCCAGGACACGAAACCGUUUUUUCUGCAUUUUGGCAGACACUAGUAGCCGGAAAAGACGCCACCGAAAUGGCGAAGGCGCCGGUGGCUUACGAGGAAAUCCUCUCUUUUCUCAUCGAUGCAUCCACAGGGCUUUCACCAUCACUGCCAGGGCAAACUUACAGUGCGAGACAGAAACGGCCCGUAGGCAAGGGAAAGCUAGACUUGGAGAGCUUCAAGACACGUGUGGCCAGGAAAACAUUCCAGGAAGUGGCUACCGCAAUGAUGCAUGCUAUGCAGAACCGUAGGCUGUGUCUCACGUCCAAGGGCUACUUAGGAUUGCUGCCGGAGACAGGCAGAGUGGGAGACGAGGUUUAUGUCUUGGAGGCUUGCCACGUUCCAUUUCUUCUCAGGAAGGUUGACAAAAGAAGACAUCGUUUAGUAGGAGAGUGCUAUGUUCAUGGAAUCAUGCACGGCGAAGCGGUUCCUGAUGACAUGAGCAUGGACGACGUGAUUCUGGUGUAGGCGAUUCGAUUUCAGGCUCGGGUCAUAUUUCCCGACUACCUACGUAUAAUUCAAGAUUUGCCAUAUGUAAUUGGUGGGUUUGGUAUGAAAUUCGACCUUUCAACGCACUAAGACGAGCCCUUGUAUCACAGUAAGCUGUCUCGUGCAGCGGUGCUGCCUGCAAC